GGCACCCCAAUUUGCGCCAAGAAAUUGGUGGUGCCCUGCUUUUACUCCUGAAAUUGUCCUUGCUCUAAAAUUGAAGGCAGAAAUGGGCUUUAUAAGGCGCUUUGUUGCGUUUUAAAAUCUUUUUUCAAUACUCUCAUGAGCCUUCAGCCUGGGCUUCGUUUUAUACAAAAAGGUAUAAAUGCGGUGUUACAAAUUCAGACAAAAUCAUAAAAAAUUAACUACAUGGCAAUUAAAAGUGUGAUAACUUCUGAGCCCCUCUCUCCCCGAUAUAUUUCAUUGCCCAUUAAUUUUCAAAAUCUUUGCAGUACCACUUUAUUUUGACGGCCCCCCUUUACUAGCCCGAGUUUAAAAUUGUUGCAGACCUAUCUAACAUAAACAAAACAGGAUUACUUUCAAGUACGUUCAUAUUUAAUUUUGAGCCUUUUCGGGUUUUUUUGGAAGAUAGCCUAGAAUGACGUAUCAUCGUUUAAAGAUAAACAAAUUCAAAUUUUAACACGGGUCAGUGGCGCAGUCGUUUGAACAUUACUACCAGUGGUGCCAUGGAGGGUAACUGGGGGAUUUUUGAUGGGGCUCAGCCAUCCUUUCUAACUUUUUAGGGGCUGGGGGCUGAGCCCCCCAAUAAUUGUCAAAUUGUUAUUAUAUUUCCUCUACAAGAGUGUACUGAAUGGGAGCCCUCCCCCCAAAUAUGAAUCUCGUUCCGACAGCACUGAUAUAGUAGUUACUAAUUUUGCUUUGUUUACCCUUAUUUUAACUACUUGAUUUCAGGAAAAAAAAGGUAUAGAUUUUUUUUGGUUUCAAAGAAAAGGGGAAUCAAAUUGAAAUCAAACAUCAGAAAUAAGGGUCAGCUUUCUAGACCCUCAGACACGGGUGCUUACACUUGAUACGUGAGAUGACCCACGGGGGUUUGAAAGCUGUCUUCAUUCGCUUCAUUCAACUAACCACCUUAAUUGAACUGAAUCUCCUUGGACAGUGCUUUUAAAUGCUCUGAAUAAAGAUGGCGUCUCUACCGUAUGAAAUUCCGACUUUCGAACACUGGUCGCCAACGGCUGUAAGGUACCACCCACUUCAAGCAGGCAGUAUUGAUGGAACUGACGUCUUUCCACACGACAAAGGCAUACGGAGGGCGCUUGGUGCUUCAUACCGGCCCAACAAAAAGGUUACUGGUGAUCCAGUCAAAGUACUCUUUGUGGGGCACCUAGAUGGCAAUACCAAAGAAAGCACCAUUAGAGAGAAUUUUUCAAAAUUUGGAGAAGUUGAAAAUUGUCGUUUGGUUAGGGAUAUUAUAACUGGCAAUAGCAGAAGAUAUGCUUUUGUGGAGUUCAAAAGAGAAAGGGAUGCCAGAAUUGCUUGGAGGGAAAUGAACAAAGCAUUUAUUGAUGGUGCUGAGAUUCUUGUUGAGUUUGAACAAGAAAGAGUGUUGAAAGGCUGGAUUCCAAGGCGAUUUGGUGGGGGAUUUGGUGGAAGGAAGGAGUCAGGACAAUUAAGGUUUGGUGGAAGAGAUAGGCCCUUUAGGAGGCCUUUGCCAGUAGGAGAAAACCCUUUGAUGCAAAACAGAUCCUAUCAGUCAAAAGAGAGAUCAGAAGCUGGUGAAAGAGAUAGAGGAAAGUUUCAUGAUCGAAGAAGAAGGGAACAUUACAGAUUUUAGAUUGGCAUACAGAAUUAAUAUGCUUGUGGCUCUGACCCUGUUGCUUACCACUUUAUGCGUGAUCGAAAAAAAUGCUGCUAAGGACGAAUACAUAAAAUUUACAAAGAAUAACCUUGAAGGUUUUUGGUCGCA